CAGCGGGGCUCCCCAGACCACGCUGGAAAGUGGAGAUGGCGGACGAGGGGAUAGUAGAGAAAGAAGAAGAAAAAGAAGAAGAAGGAGGAGAAGAAGCAGGAGGAGGAGGAGAGGAGGAAAGCGAACCGCCCAAAACAUUCAAGGAACUGGGAGUGACGGAUGUUUUGUGUGAGGCUUGCGAGCAACUGGGCUGGAAAAUUCCGACAAAAAUACAGGUGGAAGCCAUCCCGCUGGCAUUGCAAGGGAGGGAUGUGAUCGGGCUGGCAGAGACAGGCUCUGGAAAGACAGCAGCGUUUGCCCUCCCUGUGCUGCAGGCUCUGCUCCUCUCUCCUCAGCGCCUCUUCGCUCUGGUCCUCACCCCGACCCGAGAACUCGCCUUCCAGAUCUCGGAGCAGUUCGACGCCCUGGGGGCCUCCGUGGGGGCCUCAACCGCUGUGAUUGUCGGAGGGAUUGACAUGAUGUCUCAAUCACUGGCGCUGGCAAAGAAACCACACAUCAUCAUAGCGACCCCCGGUCGGCUGCUGGAUCACUUGGAGAAUACGAAGGGCUUCACUCUGCGCUCGCUGCGCUUUCUCAUCAUGGACGAGGCCGACCGCAUCCUCAACAUGGACUUCGAGACGGAGGUUGAUAAGCUUCUCAAAGUUAUCCCCAGAGACAGAAAGACUUUUCUUUUCUCAGCCACAAUGACUAAGAAGGUUCAGAAGCUUCAGAGGGCGGCUCUCAGAGACCCAGUGAAAUGCUCUGUUUCCAGCAAGUACAGCACCGUGGACAAACUGCAGCAAUACUAUCUGUUCAUCCCCUCCAAAUUCAAGGAUUGCUACCUGGUCUAUAUCCUCAAUGAAUUGGCUGGGAACUCCUUCAUGAUUUUCUGCAGCACUUGCAACAACGCCCAGAGGGUGGCGCUGUUGCUCAGGAACUUGGGCUUCACAGCCAUCCCCCUGCAUGGACAGAUGAGUCAGAAUAAGCGAAUGGGCGCACUGAACAAGUUCAAAUCCAAGUCCCGCUCCAUCCUGCUGGCCACGGACGUGGCGUCCCGUGGACUGGACAUCCCCCACGUGGACGUGGUCAUCAACUUCGACAUCCCCACUCACUCCAAGGAUUAUAUCCACAGGGUGGGUCGCACGGCCCGAGCCGGGAGAUCUGGGAAAUCGAUCACCUUCGUCUCGCAGUACGAUGUCGAGCUGUUCCAGCGAAUCGAGCACCUGAUUGACAGGAAGCUGCCCGUCUUCCCCACACAGGAGGAGGAAGUGAUGCUGCUGGUGGAGCGAGUGAGCGAGGCGCAGCGCUUCGCACGCAUUGAGCUGAGGGAGGAGGGAGAGAAGAGAAAGAGACCGAGACACGAGGGGAAAGAGGAAGGGGAUUCGGAGCAAUCGCGAGGAGUCAGGGACAAGAUCCAGGGACAGAGGAGAGGAGGGAAGAGAGGGAGAGUGCACUAGAGAGAGGGAGGAGAGGAGGGGAGAGAGAGAGAGCCCUAG